AUGAAUUACUUCCAAUCGAAAAGUAUUUUCAAGAAAAACUCUUUUAUCGAUUAAUCAGUUUGCCAAUAAAUCCUACUUAUUUACAGAUUAAAAAUUGCUUUGAAAAAUUAAAAGAGGAAUUAUUUAACCAAGAUAAAAAGAAGGUCCUACUCAUUUACUAUAUUGGAAAAGCAAUUUGUAAUUAUAGUUACACAUCACCUCUUGAAAUAUUUCCCUGACCAGAAAUCAAGAGUAAUAAAGUUGAAGAAGGUAUAUUCAUCAGCGUUCUAACAAGCUUUGAUUAUUAAAUAAGAAAUGGGAAGAUCUAAAAAAUAUAAAGAUUGCUAAAGAUAUAGUCAAUUUUAAAAGAAGUUUAUUAAAAUGAUUGAAAAUUACUAAGAUCGAGGAUAUGUCUCUAAAAAAUGUAGUUCAAGAUAAAGUGAAUCUAACUAAUUUAGAGAUGAAUUUCUAUGUCUUGACUAAUAGAGCACUAUAAAAACUCCAACAUAAGUUAACAAGAGAAAAAAGGAUGAAUAAAAAGAUAAAAUUGAUAAAGUUAAAAAAGAUCAAUUUGUCUACUUCUAAUCAGCUUUGCCACUUAACAAACAGCGUUCAGCUAUUUAGAGGAGAUUCACCUGA